CCGUGCCGCAUUGUUGGUCCGUUCCGCCAGUUGAUGUUACCGGCGAUGUCACUGCGACUCGCAUCCCCUGUCAUAUCGGCAUGAGCAAGGAGCACCCACUUCGAAGAAUCGCUGAACAUCGCGAUAAGCAGCAAUCGAAAGGGCCCUGUCCCGCGACGCCCUCCUGACUCGGCCGGGAAGCUUCGCAGACGCACGCGGGGGCAUUCGCGACCAAACAUCACGAAGACAACACGAUCGCGCCCAAGGGACUUGCUUCGGCAGCCACGGAACCUGGCCCGACUGCAGCUGGAAAUCGCAUGAGCAGCUUUGAACUGCCCGGGAUGACGCGCCCACGGCGCUCAUCCGCCACCAGCGACGACAGCAAUGGAACGGUGCGCGAGCAGGAACUGGGGAGCAUGUACGAUUACCUGGCAAAGGUGAUAUUGCUAGGGCCAAGCGGGACGGGGAAAUCGUGCCUACUGCACCGCUUUGUCAAGAACGAGUGGCGGGUCCUCUCAUCACAAACAAUCGGCGUCGAGUUCGCCAGCAAGAUCAUCAAAGUCGGCACGGGAGCGCGGCGGAAACGAAUAAAGCUGCAGCUCUGGGACACAGCAGGCACGGAGCGCUUCCGGUCCGUGUCACGGUCCUACUACCGCGGCGCGGCCGGGGCGAUCCUCAUCUACGACAUCACCUCGCGCACGUCCUUCAACAGCCUGCAGCCCUUCCUCAACGACGCGCGCGCGCUCGCCUCGCCCAACCUCUCGCUCCUCCUGGUCGGCAACAAGCUCGAUCUGGCCGGCGACCCGCUCGUCGACACCACGGGCCUGCCGCCGCCGACGCCGAGCAGCAGCGCCAGCAUCGUCAGCUCGGCGUCCGCGUCCACGUCCUACGCCAGCACGCCCGUACCCUCGUCGAGCUACUCGUCCACGUCGACGAUCCACCCGGGCCUGGGCGCGCAGCUGAAGGCGACGGUGGCGCCGGACGGCAGGGAGGUGUCAGCCGUGGAGGCCAGCCGGUGGGCCAGCACGGUCAACAUACCUGUGACGAUGGAGGUGAGCGCCUUCAACGGCGAGGGCGUGGACGAGGUGUUUGGGCGGCUGGCGAGGAUGAUCCUGACCAAGAUCGAGCUCGGCGAGAUCGAUCCGGAUGAUCCGAUGAGCGGGAUCCAGUACGGCGACGCCGGGGCGGUGUGGAACGCUGGGGCGAGCGACGGGGGCAGUAUCAAGAGCACCAUCACGGCGGACGAGGUUGGGAUAGGCGGGAGGAGAAGGAAGAGAGGCAGGAGGGGCGCGCAGGGGUUGAGGGAGUGGGAGGAGGUGUUUACGUUGACGAAUCGGAGGCGAAAUAGAGGGUGCUGUUGAUGAAGUUGGGGCGGUUGAUGUGAUGGGAUGCAGGGUCGGGAUUUUGAGCGGCGCAUUUCGAUGAUACCAUAACUACUACGAUACUUAAUACUCGGUCGGCUGGGCCGAAGAGCUUAAUGGGGGUCUUGAGGCUUAGGGUGGCCAGUCUGGUAGAGAUUUCGCGGCAUCAUGAUGUUCUUUUACGGGCUUCUGGAGUCGGGAGCGAUAGAUAGUUGCGGUGCGUAGCCGCAUAAUAUUAAGACAUUCUCGAUCAGACCGGACAACGUCCUCACAUGAAAUUCAAC